AUGACUAAAGGCAAAGCUCAACAGUGCCAGACACACACUGGCCCUCAGAAAACACCGAUAUCGCCAGAAAGUAGCGUCGAGGCAGCCCAGCAAAAUGAAAUGGAUGAUGAUGAACGAGUGCUUGCCUCCCUCGGGUACAAGCAAGAAUUCAAGCGCGAGUUCUCGCUAUGGACAACCUUCUGUGUCAGCUUCUCAAUACUCGGGCUCCUACCAUCGUACGCUAGCACGAUGAGUUAUGGGAUUGGAUAUGCUGGUACUUCAAUGGUAUGGGGUUGGUUUAUCGCAAUGCUAUUUCUCCAAUGUGUUGCUAUGUCCAUGGCUGAGCUAUGCUCAUCGAUGCCAACAAGCGGAGGUCUUUACUAUGCUGCUGCAGUACUCGCCCCGGCUGGUUGGGGGCCAUUUGCAGCCUGGAUAACGGGAUGGUCGAACUGGAUGGCACAAGUGACGGCUGCGCCGUCAGUGAACUACGGCAUAUCUGGAAUGAUUCUAGCAGCCGUAUCGGUGACCCAUCAAGGCUACGUUCCGCAACCCUUUCAUACGUUUCUUUUAACAACGCUACUCAUGAUAAUCCAUGGAAUAAUGAGCAGUAUGUCAACAAAAUGGCUAGCGGAACUGAACUCUUACGGAUCAUCGUUUAAUAUCAUUUGCUUGAUCCUUGUUAUUAUCGCGAUCCCAAUAGGAACAACCAAUGUUCCUCGGUUCAAUUCGUCUGAAUAUGUCUGGGGAACGAUCCAUAACCGCACCUCUUAUCCAGAUUGGUUUGCGGUCAUGAUGUCCUUUUUGAGUGUUAUUUGGAUCAUGUCCGGAUAUGAUUCUCCCUUUCAUUUGAGCGAGGAAUGCUCUAAUGCGAACAUUGCAUCUCCAAGGGCGAUCGUCAUGACAUCCGGGAUUGGUGCCAUCAUGGGCUGGUUUCUCCAGCUUGUGGUUGCGUAUACGGUGAGAGAUAUAGAUGAAGUUAUAGGCUCGGAACUUGGGCAGCCAUGGGCUGCAUACUUAUUCCAGGUGAUGCCAACUAAACUGGCCCUUGCCAUUCUUUCUGGGACUGUUAUCUGCGGUUUUUCGAUGGGUCAGGCGUGUAUGAUAUCUGCUUCUCGCGUAACCUAUGCUUACUCUCGUGAUGAUUGCUUCCCCUUUUCCAAUAUCUGGAAGAAAAUCAACCCAUAUACCCAGACGCCAGUUAACGCAGUAUGGUUCAACUGCGCUCUAGGCGUUCUAGCUACCCUGCUCAUAUUUGCCGGCGAUGUUGCAAUGGGUGCAUUGUUUUCCAUCGGCGGUAUUUCAGCGCUAAUCGCUUUCUCGAUACCAAUCGCUAUCCGGGUUUUGUUUGUUAAUCAAAGAUUUCGCGCCGGACCAUGGAAUUUAGGAAAGUAUACCUCCUUUAUAGGCAUACCUGGUGUCUCUUUUGCUGUGGUGAUGCUGCCAAUUGUCUGCUUCCCAAGGGUUGCUGGUUCUGAGUUAACGCUAGCGGAUAUGAACUGGACUUGUGUGGUAUAUGGCGGCCCGAUGGCUGGUAUCAUUUUGUGGUGGAUUAUCAGUGCAAGGAAAUGGUUCAAGGGGCCAAAAGUCAACCUCGAGCAUGCUAUGCUUUCAGAAGAAGAAGAAGAAGACCGAGUCACUUAUAAUAGCACUAACAGCUUAAUAUAA